AUCUAAACUGUGUCAUCUAGAAAAGUACAUAUUUUAUCUGUAUUCUACCGGUCUCAAAAAGAGCGAUUGCCCGUCCUUCAGCUGACAUUUCAUCACACCAUUUUGUCGAGUACGUGCGGCUCGUGAUUUAUCUGAUUUUUUCUCGCAAUAAUCCAAAACCAUGUCGAAAAUCGGAAUCAACGGAUUCGGCCGUAUCGGCCGCCUGGUGCUCCGUGCCUCAGUUGAGAAGGGAGCGAAAGUUGUCGCCAUCAACGACCCAUUCAUUGGUCUGGACUACAUGGUCUACCUCUUCAAGUAUGACUCCACUCACGGUCGCUUCAAGGGCACCGUUGAGGCUGCUGAUGGCUGCCUUGUUGUCAACGGUAACAAGAUUGCUGUCUUCUCCGAAAGGGACCCCAAGGCUAUUCCAUGGGGCAAGGCUGGAGCUGAAUAUGUAGUUGAAUCAACUGGUGUCUUCACAACCACCGACAAAGCAUCUGCCCACUUGGAGGGUGGUGCCAAGAAGGUCAUCAUCUCUGCCCCCAGUGCUGACGCCCCUAUGUUCGUUGUUGGUGUCAACCAUGAAACCUAUGACCCCUCUUUCAAGGUUAUUUCAAACGCUUCCUGCACAACUAACUGCCUUGCUCCCCUUGCCAAGGUCAUCCACGACAACUUUGAAAUUGUUGAAGGUCUCAUGACCACUGUGCACGCUACCACUGCUACCCAGAAGACUGUUGAUGGACCAUCUGGCAAGUUGUGGCGCGAUGGCCGUGGUGCCCAACAAAACAUCAUUCCAGCAGCCACUGGUGCUGCCAAAGCUGUAGGAAAAGUAAUUCCUGCUCUUAACGGAAAGCUUACUGGUAUGGCUUUCCGUGUACCAGUUCCCAAUGUGUCUGUUGUAGACCUCACUGUCCGCCUUGGCAAACCUGCCAGCUACGAUGCUAUCAAACAAAAGGUGAAGGAAGCAGCUGAAGGUCCCAUGAAGGGCAUCUUGGGAUACACUGAAGAUCAAGUCGUAUCUACCGACUUUGUUGGUGACUCUCAUUCCUCAAUCUUUGAUGCUGCUGCUGGUAUCUCUCUAAAUGACAACUUCGUCAAACUUAUCAGCUGGUAUGACAAUGAAUAUGGCUACUCCAGCCGUGUCAUUGACCUCAUCAAGUACAUCCAAACCAGGGAUUAAAUAGUUGUUAUAGAUUGAGAUAUGAUUGUACUGUCGAGAUUAUAU